GCACCAUUGGGGUUUGGUGACAAUUUCUUUGGCCGCUGUCAGCACCGAGAAGUCAGUGUCAACAAAACAAGCAAAAAACUAAGGAAAACAAUAGUUUGCAUAUUUGAAAUACGAAUUGUUUCCAAAUAAUACGGUCGAUUAUCGCGGCGGUAAUAGCAUUAAAGCAUUGAAAUCGGUUGACAGGCGAAAUCUGUGUAAAUUACAUCAAAUAGCCGCAAAGAAUCGCAUGAUAAUUGGAAAUCUGGGUGUGGAUGAAAUGUUUACAAAUCAAUCUCUUCAGUAAAAUGGAUCUUGCUAAAACGAGCCCCACAAAAAGUGGCCCAGUUAGCAAUAUUGGAGAUAACGAAGAGCCUUAUCCAAGUUUGUCGGAUUAUCAUGACUACGAACCGAAUCUUGAGUUUGACGACUCCGAGUUGCAACAAACCCCCAAUUCUAGUUCAAUUUCAGCGGACUUCAUACACAUCGAAGCGAACGGUGUUAUGGUGAUGAACAACUCACCAGUAGCGGAGUUCAUAGACGAGAACUAUGAGGAGGAACUGGCCGACGCUCGCGAUGAAAACUUUGAUAGUUUAAUUUUCACAUCCUCAUCAUAUCCUGAGGUUGGUGAAACCACCAGUACUGAACAGUACAGUGAAAUAUCGAAAUACAAUAUCGUCGAUGUGAAGGGCGAUGAUGCCGAAGGGCGCAAAGUGAUCGUUCUGUAUGCAUGCAGGUUGCCCCCAGUGCGUGAAAUCGACCAUGGACUGUUCUUAAACUACCUUAAGUAUACGUUAGAGUCCUACGUGAAGCAGGAUUACAGCCUGAUUUAUUUCCACUAUGGCCUAACCAGCAAGAACAAACCCAGCUUGGGCUGGCUGGUCCAGGCUUACAAAGCCUUCGAUAGGAACUACAAGAAGAAUCUAAAGGCGUUGUAUUUGAUUCAUCCCACGGGCUUUUUGAAGUUUGUUUCGCAGAUCUUCAGGCCCCUGAUUAGUGCCAAGUUCGGAAAGAAGCUGAAUUACAUUCACAGCCUCAAGGAGCUGAACGAUGUGGUGCCAAUAGAAAAACUCGACAUUCCCUAUGAGAUUCUCGAGCACGACAAGAAGCUGAAUGGCAACUUGCCAGUUGCUCCAGAUGCCACUGUAAAGCCCGAAGUCAUUCCAACGCAGCAAUUUGGAGUUACGCUCCAGUUUAUAAAGGAGCACUACAACGUCACAAUACCUCCAGUAGUAAAACAGUGCAUAGAGUAUUUAGAGCAGCCUGAUGCUUUAGAAACCGAGGGCAUCUUUAGGCGGUCGGCCAACGUAUCGAAAGUGCGGGCGCUCAAAGAGAGGGCAAAUUUGGGAGAAUCUUUGGUUUUCGAAGACCCGCAUGAACCGGCAGUUUUGCUGAAAAAAUUCUUGCGGGAACUGCAAGAGCCGCUGCUUACUUACGAGCUUUAUGAUGAAAUAAUGCAGUUUCAAAGUUGGAGCAAGGAUGAACAAUUGAGAAACGUGUCAAUACUGGUGAUGGAAAAGUUGCCGGAAGAUAACUAUAAAAUCCUCAAAUAUAUCAUCGGAUUCUUAUCGAGGGUGAUGGAAAGAUCGGAUCUAAACAAAAUGAACGCCCAAAAUCUGGCGGUAGUUUUCGGACCGAAUUUAGUUUGGUCUGAACUAUUCUCCAUGUCUCUGGCUGCCAUCGGACCCAUUAAUAUGUUUACUCAGUUCUUACUCCAACACCACAACGAAAUAUUUAUGAUAUAAAACAUUGCUAACAAGGGAGAUUUCGAAUUCGUGUUGGCAAGUCAAGUACGAUUUUUCUAAGUUAGUCUUCCAUGAUUUCGGUUCAUAUCAAAUCACGCGGGCGAGUUUGUGUGAUGGAGCACUACGUACAUACAAUAUAUUUUCUGUGUAAAUGCUAGAAGAUAACUAUAGAUAUAAAGUAUAAAUCAUUUACCUGAAUAGAGCAUUUGUUAGACGCUGCUCUUAGGGUAGCUAACAACAUGUUUUAAUUGUUUAAUGUAUAUCAGAAUAUAUUCCAUUCUAUUUAACAUA